AUGGCAGCGGGCGCUGGCGCUACUCAGCGAAAUGGUGGGCGCGAAGGUGGAGGCCAAUUACAUCAGCUACAGCGCUGGUAUCUCCGCGUGCGAGAAAGGCGAGCAGUGGCAGCGGGCUUUGGCGUUGCUCAGCGCAAUGUUGGAGGCGAAAUUGGAGCCCGACGCUAUCAGCUACAGCGCUGGUAUCAGCGCGUGCGGGAAAGGUGGGCGGUGGCAGUACUCUCUGGCGCUACUCUGCGAUAUGUGGGAGGAGACAGUGGAUGCGAACAGCAUCUGCUACAGCGCUGGGAUCAGCGCGUGUGGGAACGGCGAGCAGUGGCAGCAGGCUCUGGCAUUACUCAGCGAAAUGGUGGACGCAAAAGUAGAGCCCGACCUCUAGUCGCUUACAAUGCUGGGAUCAGCGCGUGCCAAAAAGGCGCGCAGUGGCAGCAGGCUUUCCUCCUGCUCAGCGAUAUGUGGGAGGCGAAAUUGGAGCCCAACAUCAUCAGCUACAAUGCUGGGAUCAGCGCGUGCGAGAAGGCCAAGCAAUGGCAGCAGGUUUUCCUGCUGCUCAGUGAGAUGUGGAAAGCGAAAUUGGAUCCGGACGUCAUCAGCUACUCCGCUGGGAUCAGCGCGUGCGAGAAAGGCGAGCAGUGGGAGAGGGCCGUGUCGCUGCUCAGCGAGAUGUGGGAGGCGAAGCUGGCACCCGAAGUGAUCAGCUACAACGCUGGGAUCAGCGCGUGCGAGAAAUGUGGAGCGUGGCAGCAGGUACUUCUGCUGUUCAGCCAGAUGUUUGAGGCGAAGUUGGAGGCUGAUGUCAGCUACAACGCCGGGAUAAGCGCGUUUGGGAAAGGCGGGCAGUGGCAGCGGGCGAUUGCGCUGCUCAGAGAGAUGUUGGAGGCGACGGUGGAGGCUCACAUCAUCUCAGCUACAGCGCUGGGAUCAGCGCGUGUGGGAAAGGCGGGCAGUGGGAACAUGCUCUCGUUUUGA